AUGUUUGUGAUUAUUUCUGUGUGGGUUGCCCCACCCCUCUCUUUUUCCCUCUCUUUCUCUCGCCCCGUGUUUUGUUUGCGUGUUCGGAAAAAGUUAGUCCCACUAGUCAGUCUAUCUAUCUAUCUAGCUAGCACGUUAUGUAUGUCAUUUUGCUCAUGUAUGUCUGUCUAUCUAUCUAUCUAUCUAUCUAUCUAUUUGUUAUUCCGCUUCUAUCUAUCUAUCUAUCUAUCUAUCUAUCUAUCUAUCUCUUUCCUUAUCUAUCUACCUGCUAUUCUGCUCAUUUCUUUUUUCUAUCUAUCUAUCUAUCUAUCUAUCUAUCUAUCUAUCUAUCUCUAUUCCUCCCUCGUUUCCUCUCUCUUUUUAAUAUUUGUCCCGUUUUCUAUCGUUUAUGUCUUUCGCCAUCCCUCCUACUAUUUUCGUUUAAAUUUUAUGACUCCUACUCCGUUGUCGUCUUCCCCACUUUUCUUCUUCAUUUUUUAA